AUGACGACUGCACCGCAUUUGCCGUCAAAGGCACACAGCAGCGAUGAUGUGCACCCACGGCCUAGAGGUAUCCUGAAGAAUAGUAGAUCUUUCCAGGCUGCUCCCAUCUCUGCCCCGGCUGCUACACCACCUGCCAUUCCCCCCAUCGGCGAACCCGAAGACACCAAGGAACUCACUCUCCAAAACACCCUGGUGAACGCGGGCCGACGCCGCUCCUCGUCUGCCGCCCAACCAGGCUCUUCCUCGCGCAGACAGUCUCUCGCCAGCCAACACGACGAGAACGAGCCCCGCCUGAAGUGGGAUGAAGCAAACCUGUACCUGACCGAGCAGGAGCGCACUGCGAAAAUGAAGAUCGACGAGCCAAAGACUCCUUACGCCCCGCACUACGACCCCGCCGAGGACGAAGAGGAACAUCGCCUCGAAGAGGCGAGGGAGAGUCUUAUUGACGCACAGGAUGUGGUGGUCGAUGAGCUCGAUAAGACCACCCGUGGUGGCCACCACAAGAAGGGCGUCUCAGAGGAUGAUAUUCCGGAUCUGGAGCUCGGCGAGGCUGAGGAGAAUCCUAUUGCUCCGGAGAGUCCCGAACAGCGUAUCUACCGUGAGCGUAGUAUGAGCACGGAGUCGCAUAGGAGCGAUAAACAUGUUGUCGUUAACCCUGAUACCAAUGGUGAUGUGGCUGCAGGUGAUGAUGCUCUAAUGACCACCGAGGAGGCGAAGGAGAAGCAUCGCCAGUUUGAGGAGCAUCGGAAGAAGCACUACGAGAUGAGGAAUAUCAAGGAGUUGCUUGCGCACCCCGAGGAACUGGAGGAGGAUGAAAUGGAAGAAGACGAGGACGUGGCUGAACCUCCCGCUGUUCCUCACAUCCCCGAGCAAUUCCGCAAUGGCGGUCGAUAA